AUGGCUUUAACAAAACUUUCUUAUUUGAAAGCACAUUUACAAUAUGAACAUACUGGGAAUAGAAUUGUCAACAGGAGUCAGGAUGUCAUUGAUAAUUCUAGUCAACUUUCUUCCCAGUCAUCAAACUUUCAUCAACACCCUAUCAUUUGUACAGUAGAAAAGACUUACAAGUGUGACUUAUGUUGUAAAUAUUUUAGAAAGCUAUCGGAUCUACAACAACACCUUAGAGUUCAUACAGGAGAAAAGGCUUACAAAUGUGACACAUGUGGUAAAUGUUUUACACAACCUUAUGAUAUACACAUACACAAAAAAAUCCAUACAGGAGAAAAGCCAUACAAGUGUGACAAAUGUAAUAAAUGUUUCACACACCCUUCUAAUUUACGCAAACACAAAAAAAUUCAUACAGGAGAAAAGCCUUACAAGUGUGACACAUGUGGUAAAUGUUUUACAAACUCUUAUAAUGUACACAGACACAAAACAAUUCAUACAGGAGAUAAACCUUACAAGUGUGACUUAUGUUGUAAUAGUUUUAGACGGCUAUGGGAUGUACAACGACACCUUAGAAGUCAUACAGGAGAAAAGCCUUACAUGUGUGACAAAUGUGGUAAAUGUUUUACAAAGUUUGUCAACUUGAGGAAGCACCAUAGAAUUCAUACAGGAGAUAAACCUUACAAGUGUGACUUAUGUUGUAAAUGUUUUAGACAGCUAUGGGAUUUACAACGACACCUUAGAAGUCAUACAGGAGAAAAGCCUUACAUGUGUUACACUUGUGGUAAAUGUUUUACAAAGUUUUACAACUUGAGGAAGCACCAUAGAAUUCAUACAGGAGAAAAGCCUUACAUGUGUGACAUAUGUGGUAAGUGUUUCAGAGGCCCUUCUGAUGCACGCAGACACAAAAAAACUCAUACUGAAGAAAAGCCAUACAAGUGUGACAAAUGUGGUAAAUGUUUCACACGCUCUUCUAAUUUACGCAUACACCAAAAAAUUCAUACAGGAGAAAAACCUUACAAGUGUGACAAAUGUGGUAAAUGUUUUUUCGGGUUAUGGGAUGUACAACAGCACCUUAGAAGUCAUACAGGAGAACAGCCUUACAUGUGUUACACUUGUGGUAAAUGUUUUACAAAGUCUUACAACUUGAGGAAGCACCAUAGAAUUCAUACAGGAGAAAAGCCUUACAUGUGUGACAUAUGUGGUAAGUGUUUCAGAGGCCCUUCUGAUGCACGCAGACACAAAAAAACUCAUACUGAAGAAAAGCCAUACAAGUGUGACAAAUGUGGUAAAUGUUUCACACGCUCUUCUAAUUUACGCAUACACCAAAAAAUUCAUACAGGAGAAAAACCUUAAAAGUGUGACAAAUGUGGUAAAUGUUUUUUCGGGUUAUGGGAUGUACAACGGCACCUUAAAAUUCAUACAGGAGAAACCCUUACAAGUGUGACAAAUGUGAAAAUGUUUUUCCCAGCAUUAUAGUUUAAAAAAUACCAUAGAAUUCAUACAUUUAAGAAAAAUCUUAGAAUUCCUACAGAAGAUAUGCUUUAACUGUGGUAAUUUCAAAUGAUUAGUAUAAAGUAACAUUGUACUGAAGCAUCACAAAUGUGAUAAAUAUUUUAAUAACCUUUAAUAUUCAUUUAAACAUCGAAGAAGCCACACCUGAAAUUGUACUUGAACAUCUCUUUGAGGUAUGCAUCAGUUUAGGGUCAUCUAUAUCUGCACUGAACAGUCUUUUCUUUGUAAAAUAUUGUUGAAAUUUUGUUUCUUGUUAUCUGUUUGUAUUGCAUUUUUUAUACCAAUUUUUCCGUUGUUAAUGUAUUUAUAUAGACACAUCUUAGCACAUCUGGCCAAUUCUUGUCAAAAUGAUGAGGUUUUAGUUCAAGACAAAAGAGCUAAAAAUGCUUUUGAAAUCAUAAUUGUAUUUCUCAGAAAAGAAAGUGUGGUUUAUUUUUUUUCUUUAAAUCAAGUAAAGCAUUAAUAAAAUGUAAAAUUAUAAUUAAUUUAUAGUGUUGGUUCUGUAUGAACUGUAUACAGAUUGGACGCUAUUUUUGUGUUUUUAAAAUCAUUAACAUUUUAAAUCCUUUUUUAUAAUUAGGUAAUUCAAACGUAAAGAAAAUGGCCAUGACUAAGUCAUGUGGCUUUUAAAACUAUGACUGUAAAGGUUAAAUAGGCUAUUUUUAUGUUAAUUUGGAAAAAGUGUAUGGGUGGAAAUCUAGCAUUUUGUAUAAAGUGUGCACUAGAUCACCAUAGUGCUAUUACUUUAUAAAUAAAUUUGAAUAAUGUCUACAAAAUUAAAUAUUCAUUAAUUUAAAAAUAUUUGUUCACGGUGAAGAGCUUAUAACAAAAUUUACAUUAAUUGAGUAGGCCAACCAGUUACAAAAAUUAGAAUUUUAUCUCACCAAAAUCGUUCAAAUUACUUCACGUUAUAGGAUAGAUUAUUUAGAUAAAAUUAAGUUUCUAAAUAAGCCUACAAUUGUUUAUUGAUAUUUACAUAUCAAACUGUAAUUUUUAUUCUCUACUAGUUUAGCUCACAGUAUCUCUGGUGUUUGAUACUACAGUAAUACUUUAUUUUCCAUUUUCAUUUCACAUAAUAGUGUCAUAUAUGUACUAUAUUAAUUAUAAUACAUAUUGAUACAAUUGUACAUUUAUAUAGCAAUAUAUUUAUAUUUAUAUUGAGAGAGAGAAGGAGAGAAAGACAGUAAGGCAGUGUGAAGAGCAGCGAGUGUUUAUUUUAUUGGGUGACAAAGUGUGAAAUUGUAAGACAGUUAUAUUGAUUCUGUUUAAAUUAGUUUGUUAUAUUGAUUUUUGUUUUUAGCAUCUCUUAUUCAUUGAUAUUUUAUUAUCUUAAUGCAUUGUCUAUUUACAUCAUCCUGACCCUCACAACAUGGGCUAAAAUUGGGCCAUUUAACUAUUUUCCACAUAUUUAAUAAAACAUGAAGUUCUAAAAAAUUUAAACAAUUCCAACAAUCCUUUCCAUAUCUUUGGUUUCUCUGAAACUCGAUUACAAUCUUUUACAAAUGAUGAUGAGAUAACCGUCGCUGAUUAUAACCUAAUACGCAGAGACCCAUCCUUACACAAAGAAACUGGCCUUUGUGUCUAUGUCCACUCCUCCAUUCGUUUCAAGCACAAGAAGGAUCUGUCAACGGACAAUAUAGAAUGUAUAUGGAUUGAACUGGAAAAUAGCAAGCUCUAAUAAAGUAUUGAAGAUUUCAGCUCCAAUAAUCUCUGAAGUUUUAAUCAAUAUCUAUAACCUCUGUAUUGCCAAGCAAUAUUACCCGAAACAUUUUAAGCAUGCUAUGAUUAUACUACUACACAAAAAAGGUAACAUCCAAGAUGCUAAUAACUACAGGCCAAUUUCUAUACUUUCUUCCUUCUCCAAGCCACUAGAAAUACAUAUAAACAAAUAAAUGUAAAACUACCUAGAAAAACAUAAGCUUUUCCAUAGUAAUCAGUCUGGGUUUAGAACGUUUCAUUCUUGUCACUGCUUUGAUUAAAAUGAAUGAAAACUGGCUUAAUAAACCGGGAGUAAUCUACCCUAAACUUUCUCGAAUAUUCUAAUAUAACACUACGUGGGAUGGCAACUCGGAAUAUAGACACGAUUUUUGUUUACUAAAACUUUUAAAAAUAGAAUAAAAUCUAGUAGAAAUAAGAAUUCCCCACAAGCCAAACGCCAAAACAAAAUGUGCAUAAUAGUGCGCAAUAUUAUUAGUACUUUAUAAAUUUACAUCAGUUUUUUAAGAAAUCGGAAAUAGCGUAAAUUAGUACUUCCGGUCAACGAAAAUUACUCAAAAGUUUGACAGAAGGUAGAGAAUUAGAUCUUUUACUCACAUGUGAAAUUUCAAUUAUCUAUCUGUAAUAGUACUCAAAUUAUAGGCUUUUGAAACAUUCAAAGUAGAAAAAGUACCACUUCCGGUUAUCGGAAAUCGCUCAAAAGUUCAUACGGAUCUACGAUUUUGAUAAAUACUUAUAUAUGAAAUUUCAUCAACCUAGCUGUAACGGUACUCAAGUUAUCGUGUUUAUACAGACAGAUAUGCGGACAAGAUUGCAAAAUUAUGUUUUUCCGUAUCAGUUAUGUGUAAAACGUCGAGAUUUACGAGAUUUUUACGAGAAAGUACAAAUAUUAAAAAAACCUACUUUGUGGCACGCUGUUUUUCGAUUUCAGAAAAGCCUUUAAUUCUAUUGAUCACAUCAUACUUCUUGAAAAACUAAUUCCUUACAAAUUCCACGAAUUUACAGUUAGGUUACUUCACUCCUUUUUGUCUAACAGAUCUCAACGCGUGUUUUACCUUAAUACCAUCUCUUUACAGAAAUAUGUUAAUAUAGGGGUUCCACAGGGCUCAAUCUUAGGUCCUUUACUUUUUUCAUUAUACAUUAAGAUCUUGCAUUGCACAUUGACGCAGGUCAGUGCGAGAUGUUCGCUGAUGAUACUUCGUUACAUGUCUUUGCAGACAGUGCUGACUCACUUAGUUACAAACUUCAAACAUGUGCCAAUCAGCUUGCUACUUGGACAAAAUUGAACAAAAUGAAACUUCACCCCGAUAAAACUAAGUCAAUGAUUAUUACAACUCAUCAGAAACGCCUUCGUCUUCCAUCCACCUCAUUACGCAUUACUAUAGCCUAUAGACAAUACAAACAUUGAACAGGUUAACAGUUACAAAUGCCUAGGAUUGAUUAUAGAUCACAACCUCAAUUGGUCCGACCAUAUUCAUCUACUAAAAAUGUCCUUAUUAAAGACAACUUUUCAAAUAGCAAGGAUAAUGAACUUUCUGGACUAUUGGAGCAGG